CGCUGCCUCUGUCCCCCGGACUUCGCUGGCAAGUUCUGCCAGUUGCACUCCUCGGGUGCCCGACCCCCGGCCCCGGCCAUGCCGGGCCUCACCCGCUCCGUGUACACUAUGCCACUGGCCAACCACCGGGACGACGUGCACGGCGUGGCGUCUAUGGUGAGCGUCCACGUGGAGCACCCGCAGGAAGCGUCGGUGGUAGUGCACCAGGUGGAGCGUGUGUCCGGCCCUUGGGAGGAGGCGGACGCCGAGGCAGUGGCACGGGCCGAGGCAGUGGCGCGGGCGGAGGCGGCGGCGCCCUACACCGUGUUGGCACAGAGCGCGCCGCGCGAGGACGGCUAUUCGGAUGCCUCGGGCUUCGGUUACUGCUUUCGGGAGCUGCGUGGAGGCGAAUGUGCGUCCCCGCUGCCCGGGCUCCGGACGCAGGAGGUCUGCUGCCGAGGGGACGGAUUGGCCUGGGGCGUUCACGACUGUCAGUCGUGCUCGGAGCACCUGGGGAACUCUGACCGAGUGGGCGCCCCAGAUGGACCUUGUCCAACAGGCUUCGAAAGGGUUAAUGGAUCCUGCGAAGAUGUGGAUGAGUGCGCGACAGGCGGGCGCUGCCAACACGGGGAGUGUGCGAACACGCGUGGCGGGUACAUCUGUGUGUGCCCGGACGGCUUCCUCCUCGACUCAUCCCGCAGCAGCUGCAUCUCCCAACACGUGAUCUCGGAGGCGAAGGGGCCCUGCUUCCGUGUGCUCCGCGACGGUGGCUGUUCGCUGCCCAUUCUGCGCAACAUCACUAAACAGAUCUGCUGCUGUAGCCGCGUGGGCAAGGCCUGGGGCCGGGGCUGCCAGCUCUGCCCACCCUUCGGCUCAGAGGGUUUUCGGGAGAUCUGCCCGGCUGGCCCUGGCUACCACUACUCAGCCUCUGACCUUCGCUACAACACCAGACCCCUGGGCCAGGAGCCACCCCGAGUAUCCCUCAGCCAGCCACGAGCCCUGCCAGCCACCUCUCGGUCACCCACAGGCUUUCUGCCAACCCAUCGCCCAGAGCCCAGGCCCGAGGCCCGACCUGAGCACCGGCCUGGCCCUGAGUUUCCCUUGCCCAGCGUCCCUGCUUGGACUGGUCCUGAGAUUCCUGAAUCAGGUCCUUCCUCGGGCGUGUGUCAGCGCAAUCCCCAGGUCUGCGGUCCAGGACGCUGCAUAACCCGCCCCAGUGGCUACACCUGCGUGUGCGACUCCGGUUUCCGGCUCAGCCCCCAGGGCACCCGCUGCAUUGACGUGGACGAAUGUCGCCGCGUGCCCCCGCCCUGUGCUCCCGGGCGCUGCGAGAAUGCACCAGGGAGCUUCCGCUGCGUGUGCGGCCCCGGCUUCCGAGCCGGCCCGCGGGCUGCGGAGUGCCUGGACGUGGACGAAUGCCACCGCGUGCCGCCGCCGUGUGACCGCGGGCGCUGCGAGAACACGCCAGGCAGCUUCCUGUGCGUGUGCCCCGCCGGGUACCAGGCUGCGCCGCAUGGAGCCAGCUGCCAGGAUGUGGACGAGUGCAUCCAGAGCCCCGGCCUCUGUGGCCGAGGGGUUUGCGAGAACCUGCCCGGCUCUUUCCACUGUGUUUGCCCGGCUGGUUUCCGGGGCUCGGCGUGUGAAGAGGAUGUGGAUGAGUGUGCCCAGGAGCCACCACCCUGCGGGCCAGGUCGCUGUGACAACACGGCUGGUUCCUAUCACUGUGCCUGCCCUGCUGGCUUCCGCUCCCGAGGGCCGGGGGCCCCCUGCCAAGAUGUGGACGAGUGUGCCCGUAGCCCCACACCCUGCACAUAUGGCCGAUGUGAGAACACGGAAGGCAGCUUCCAAUGUGUCUGCCCCACGGGCUUCCAACCCAAUGCUGCUGGCUCCGAGUGCGAGGACGUGGAUGAGUGUGAGAACCACCUGGCGUGUCCUGGGCAGGAGUGUGUAAACUCACCUGGCUCCUUCCAGUGCAGGGCCUGUCCUGCUGGCCACCACCUGCACCGUGGCAGAUGCAUUGAUGUGGACGAAUGCAGUUCGGGCGCCCCCUGCGGUCCCCAUGGCCACUGCACUAACACCGAAGGCUCCUUCCGCUGCAGCUGCGCGCCGGGCUACCGGGCGCCGUCCGGUCGGCCCGGUCCCUGCGCAGACGUCAACGAGUGCCUGGAGGGCGACUUUUGCUUCCCUCACGGAGAAUGCCUCAACACCGACGGCUCCUUUGCCUGUACCUGUGCCCCCGGCUACCGGCCCGGACCCCGCGGAGCCUCUUGCCUCGACGUGGACGAGUGCAGCGAGGAGGACCUUUGCCAGAGCGGCAUCUGUACCAACACCGACGGCUCCUUCGAGUGUAUCUGUCCCCCGGGGCACCGCGCCGGCCCAGACCUCACCUCCUGCCUCGACGUGGACGAAUGUCGCGAGCGGGGCCCUGCCCUGUGCGGGUCUCAGCGCUGUGAAAACUCCCCCGGCUCCUACCGCUGUGUCCGGGACUGCGAUCCUGGCUACCACGCGGGCCCCGAGGGCACCUGUGACGAUGUGGACGAAUGCCAAGAAUACGGCCCUGCGAUUUGUGGAGCCCAGCACUGUGAGAACACCCCUGGCUCCUACCGCUGCACGCCAGCCUGUGACCCUGGCUAUCAGCCUACACCAGGGGGUGGAUGCCAGGAUGUGAAUGAGUGUGAAACACUACAGGGUGUGUGUGGAGCUGCCCUGUGUGAAAAUGUUGAAGGCUCCUUCCUCUGUGUCUGCCCCACUAGCCCUGAGGAAUUUGACCCCAUGACUGGACGCUGUAUUCCUCCACGGACUUCUGCUGGCAUGUUCCCAGGCUCACAGCCCCAGGCACCUGCCAGCCCUGGUCUGCCAGCCAGGCCACCUCCACCACCCCCGCCCCGCCGGCCCAGCACACCUAGGCAGGGCCCUGUGGGCAGUGGGCGCCGGGAGUGCUAUUUUGACACAGCGGCCCCGGAUGCAUGUGACAACAUCCUGGCACGGAAUGUGACAUGGCAGGAAUGCUGCUGUACUGUGGGUGAGGGCUGGGGCAGUGGCUGCCGCAUCCAGCAGUGCCCAAGCACUGAGACAGCCGAGUACCAGUCAUUGUGCCCUCAUGGCCGGGGCUACCUGGUGCCCAGUGGAGACCCGAGCCUCCGGAGAGAUGUGGACGAAUGCCAGCUGUUCCGAGACCAGGUGUGCAAGAACGGUGUGUGCGUGAACACAGCCCCUGGCUACUCGUGUUACUGCAGCAACGGUUACUACUACUAUGCACAGCGGCUGGAGUGCGUUGAUAAUGACGAAUGCGCCGACGAGGAGCCGGCUUGUGAGGGCGGCCGCUGCGUCAACACCGUGGGCUCUUAUCACUGCACGUGCGAGCCC